ACUGCCAAAAUAAUCUGCUGGAGUUUGUUUGUGUCUGUCAUCUCCAUCCGCACCUGGUCGUCAUAUCCUUCCUUUUUUAUUCGUUCCCUCGAUAAUAACCUCCGCCAGCAUGGCCUCUGUGAAGGGCGCGGGUCCUCAGGUCAUCGACAUUUCGAACCUCAACCUGGAACAGCUGACGAGCCUCAAAAAUCAGCUGGAUCAGGAACUCCAGUUUUUCAAUGAUUCCCUACAACAGCUAAAAAUUGCACAGUUGAAGUUUAAUGAAUCGGGUGAAUGUGUUAACAAGAUAACGCCAGAAACCAAAGGAAAAGAAAUCCUUGUCCCGCUUACCAGCUGCAUGUAUGUUCCUGGUACCAUAUCAGACGCUGAAAAAUUGCUUAUUGACAUCGGUACUGGUUAUUACAUAGAAAGGGAUGUCGAAGGUGCGAAAGACUACUUUACCAGGAAAGUCAAAUUUGUCACUGAGCAGAUGGAAAAGAUCCAAAAAAUUGCAAGCGAGAAGAGCAAAGUAAGAGAAGUGGUGAUGGAUAUCAUGGAAGUUAAACUUGACCAUCAGUUGGCAAGCAUAAAGCAACAGCAGGCGGCCGCUGCAGCCACAAAAGCUCAGGAAACCAAGGCUUAAACUUAAGAGAACAUUUGCUCGUUACUAAACUUUGUGCCCUUUGUGAAGGAAUUGAAAUAGUAUCUGUUCCUUACAUUACCAGACUGCUUAUUCCCUUUGUUAAGGAAUGUUCUCUUAUUUUUCUGGAAUGCAAUAUCUCCAUUUCAAUCUCUUGAAGCUGCCAACUCAAGGAAGGGCUGACUGACUUUGGGUUCUGGAGAGAGUAACAGUGGUUAAUACUGAUGGACAAAAUAUGAAAAAUAGACUAUGGUAAUUUUACUGUGCAAGUCGACUAUUAUCCAAAUUUGAGUGUUCAUUUUCUCCAGAUUAACUUGAGUGAAAUGUGAGCAUGUUAUGAGACCUUAUGUUUUCCAUAACUGUAAGCUGUGUGAUAUUGCAGCUAAAAGGAGUCGGUCUGCCUUUUUUUUUAUAUAUAUAUAUAACUUGUGAGCAUUGAGACAAAAUGAGACAGUGUUUAAUAUUACUGUAGGAUUUGCAUAAUCACAGCUUCCAGAGGUUGGUCUGACUUGUUAUUUUUUGUGAGAUGAUGAUGGUAACUGCAUAGUGUUCCUCGGUGGCUAUUUGCUCCUCACAAAGAGCCACUUAGCAGAUGCUGGACAAUGCAUACCUAGUUUUUGGAGGUGAGAGGCAUUGGCAGUGUAAACACUAUUAAUUUUCAAUUAGCACUUUUCACAAAGGAGGAAACACUUCAUACUGUGAAAUGAGUCCAGCUGAAUAGUGUGAUUAAUCUUUCAAUUUACAGAUUUCUUUGCUUGCUUCUUUCUCAACUUGUACAUUUAUUAGAAAGUUGAAAAAUUUACCCACUAAUUUUUCCUGACACUUAAAAAAAAUGUUAUUUAUUGUUUGUUCAUAAUAAAUUACUUUGCUCAUGAUGAAAUUUCAUGUCAUAGUGUGGAAUUAGCAACAAAUUCCAAUUAUUUCAUGGACAGAGGUAUUCUUAAAGUCACAUGAUAAAAUUCCAAUUUGCAGACACCCUUAUAUCCAAAUUUUUUAAUGUGAAUUUGAAUGUACAGUCAACACAGAUUUUGAAUCUAUUUAGAUGCCUUGGUAAAUUUUGUUUUGUUGCCCCUCUGAAAUUUCAUUUCAAAAUGAUGCUGCAGCGUAUAGUUGCAUUCAAACACAAAAGUUGCAAUAUCUGUAAGAUUUCCAUCAAUGAUUCCUUCACUGAUUAACUUCACAAGCAUUCUGGUACUACCACAGUGAUUGAAUGUUAUUUCACAAAAGUGUCUUUAACUUUAUGAGCUGAUAUUAGGAUAUGAAAUUCAAAUAUUUGUAUUUAACAAUAUGAGUUGAUAUUAGGAUAUCAGAUUAAGAUAUUUGUAUUUAACGUUACACAAGCACUGUAAUAUAAUAUUUAGCUUCUUAUACUUUUUCAAAUACCACAGGUGAUUCAGGAUUUAGGAUUAUACUCACUAUGGAAAUUGUUCGUAACUUUCUGAGUUGGCACUAGGAUUUAAGAAUCUGAUCUUAUUGCUGUUAACUAUGAUUUAGCAUAUGUGAUAAAGCAACAGGUGUUUCUGCUCGUGGUUCUCGGGUAACUGUAACGGUUUUUGCUAUUAAUAGUUUUAAAUCCUGUCUACAUAAAGAAACAUGGUUGAUAUACAGUUUGCAUCGUUUUGUUGAUGUUCAGAUAGAACUACAUCUGUCAUUAAACUACAUUUAAUGAGUGUGGUGUUCAAAAUAAUGCAGUGCCCAAAUUGGAUAACAUAAAACAAGAGGGUAAUAAAAAAAAAGGCCGGAAUUUUAAAGUUAAAUGGGAAAUGUUUGUCUAAAAAAUGGCAAAGUGACCACCUAUAAAAAAAACAUAACUAAACUUUAACUUUCUUGAUUAAAAGUUUCCACAUUAUGUAGCAGAGUAUGUAGUUUGUAGUUUAGAUGGAAGAUAUUAAUUCCUUCUGAUAAUUAGGUGCCAAUUGUUCAGCGUAAUAUGUUAUGUCAGUAGCUUAAAAUACUUGAUAAUGGUCUGGAUUUCAGUUAUCAACUCCAGCUGAAAUAUGUAGCAGUAUUACUGUUCCUUAAGUAACAAAGCUGGUCAGUAUCACUGGAAAAUAGCACAAAUUAGGUUCUUUGGUUAACAGUAUAGGUAGACAUUGCCGAAAGGAUAUCUUAGUAAUACUGAAACUGAUGUAUUGUAUUUUAGUCAUGAUUAUCAAGGUAACAGGAAAUAGUACUCAAAGACAAAUAUGACAAAAAUUCGUAACAGUUACUUGAUUUCAUUUGCAUACCACUCGUUGUGAAGUAAUUAAUAUAAAUUUUAUUUCAAAUAAAAAUGUUUGAAUAAAAAAUUAAAUACU